AUGGCUGCAGACCUCGGAGAGCUGCUGGUCCCGUACAUGCCCACCGUCAGAGUGCCCAGAACGGGAGACAGGGUUUUCAAGAGCGAGUGCGCCUUUUCCUUCGACUCGCCCGAGUCGGAGGGAGGCCUCUAUGUGUGCAUGAACACAUUCCUGGGCUUCGGAAGAGAACAUGUGGAGAGACAUUAUCGCAAAACAGGACAGAGCGUUUACAUGCACCUCAAACGACAUGUCAAAGAGAAAGCCACAGGAGCUGCAGCAGGCGCCAUCCCCAGACGAAGAAAUGGAAAAGUGUUUCUCGAUUUAGAGCUAAAUCGUGAUUUUAACGGAGAGGACUAUGAAUAUGAAGACGAGGCCAAGCUCGUAAUUUUUCCAGACCACUUCGAGAUCCCCUUACCAAAUAUUGAGGAGUUGCCCGCUCUGGUGACCAUCGCCUGUGAUGCAGUGCUCAAUGCACCGUCAGCUUACAAGAAGCAGGAACCUGAAUCCUGGGACGAGGAGAUCCAGGUUUCCAAACAUGCCAGGAGCCUCAGACAGCUGGACAAUGGGGUCAGGAUCCCACCCAGCGGCUGGAAGUGUCAGAAGUGCGAGAUGAGAGAAAACCUGUGGCUGAACCUGACCGAUGGAACAGUGCUCUGUGGGAAGUGGUUCUUUGACGGGAGCGGAGGAAACGGCCACGCCCUGGAGCACUACAAAGAGACCAAAUACCCCCUGGCUGUCAAAAUGGACACCAUCACCCCAGAUGGAGCAGAUGUCUACUCGUUUGAGGAAGAGGAAGCUGUGUUGGACCCUCACAUAUCAGAACACUUGUCACACUUUGGGAUUGACAUGCUACAGAUGCAGAAAAAAACAGAGAACGGUCACCACACAGACAAUAACUCCCGGCCGCGGGUCAGUGAAUGGGAGGUGAUCCAGGAGUCGGGCAUGAAGCUGAAAGCGGUGUUUGGUUCUGGUUACACAGGCCUCAAAAACCUGGGCAACAGCUGCUACCUUGGCACAGUGAUGCAGGUCCUCUUCAGCAUCCCAGACUUCCAGAGGAUGUAUGUGGGUAAUCUUCAGAGGAUAUUCGACUAUUCACCCCUUGACCCCAGCCAGGACUUCGCCACACAAAUGGCUAAACUGGGACAUGGACUGCUCUCAGGCCAGUUCUCCAAACCACCCAUGAAAUCUGAGCUCAUUGAACAGGUGAUGAAAGAAGAAUACAAGGUAUUAAACUUGCACCAGCAGAAAGGCGUCUCUCCUCGAAUGUUGAAGGCCCUGGUCAGCCGGGGACAUCCAGAGUUUUCCUCUAACAGACAGCAAGACGCCCACGAGUUCCUCCUGCACAUCAUCAACGUGGUGGAGAGGAAUAGCGCCGGCUCAGAGAAUCCAAGUGACGUCUUCCGCUUCCUGGUAGAGGAGCGAAUUCAGUGCUGCCAGACACGCCGGGUUCGUUAUGCUCAACGGGUGGACUACUGCAUCCAGCUGCCAGCUCCCUUUGAGGCGGCCACCAAUCGAGAGGAGCUGAUGGCAUACGAGACCAAGAGGAGGGAGGCUGAGGAGAAAAUGUGGGCUCCUCCAGAGCCCGUUAGAGCACGGAUCCCCUUCACCGCCUGCCUGCAGGCCUUCACAGAGCCGGAGAACGUCCCCGACUUCUGGAGCUCAGCGCUGCAGGCCAAGUCAGCUGGAGUGAAAACUUCCCGUUUCGCCUCCUUCCCAGAGUAUCUGGUUUUGCAGAUCAAGAAAUUCACAUUUGGGGUUGACUGGGUGCCGAAGAAAAUAGACUUGGCCAUUGAUGUUCCAGACUUCCUGGAUCUGAGCAGGCUGCGGGCCACAGGGCUGCAGGCGAGCGAAGAGGAGCUGCCUGACCUCAUGCCUCCCAUCGUGCUAGCUGAAGACACCAGAGAUAACUCCAUGGGCUCCACAGACUCUCCAGAAAUCGACGAGGCGGCAGCAAUGCAGCUGGCAGAGAUGGGCUUUCCGCUGGAGGCCUGUAGGAAGGCGGUCUACUACACAGGCAACAUGGGCCCAGAGAUGGCCUUCAACUGGAUCAUAGCCCACAUGGAGGAGCCUGACUUUGCAGAGCCUCUCACUCUGCCCUCCAUAAUUGAUCCCGGUCCCUCCAUCAGCGACAGCCCUAUGGUCACCACCCCGCUGGGCAACUCGCCCCCUGAGGAGAGCAUCUCCAUCCUCACGUCAAUGGGCUUCCCCCGUGCUCACAGCAUCCAGGCACUCAAAGCAACGAACAAUAACCUUGAACGAGCACUCGACUGGAUCUUCACACAUCCGGAGGAGGAGGAGAGUGACGCUCUCUCAGAAAUGGCCGACACGGAGCCAAAUGACAACGCUUUCUCCAACGCCAACUCACACAGCGACCCCACGCUGUCUCCAGACAGAGACGCGUCGGGUCCGCGGGUCAAAGACGGGCCGGGACGUUAUGAGCUCUUUGCUUUCAUCAGUCACAUGGGAGCAUCCACAAUGUCUGGACAUUAUGUUUGUCACAUCAAAAAGGAGGGAAGGUGGGUGAUCUACAACGACCACAAAGUGUGUUUGUCAGAAAGGCCUCCAAAAGACUUGGGCUACAUCUACUUUUACCAUCGACUGUCCAGCAGUUAAAGAAAAGUUACCGCCCCUCCACCAUGCGACCUUUGAAAGAACCGCAGUCUUUCAGCCCUCAGACUGGCAGACAUCUUUAAUA